UCGUUUAUGCGAUUGAUUCGAUCGCGGAUUUAUAGGCUGUUUUUCGAAAAGACUGGCCAGCAUUUUCGGAAAUCCAUGAGCGCCUCUGAACGAUGAAGUUUGUUCUGUGCGCGGUCGUCCCUGGUGAGAAAGUGCUGCCUUUCGAAAACGGGCAAUAUGUGUCGGAUGGUUUUGUUUGGGUUUGUGUGUUGGAAACAUAAGCUGAAAGGAGUUUUGCGAUGUCGAGCCUGAAGAAGGGCUCCAGCAGCAAACGUUACGAUGAAGUUAUGGAUGAUGAUUCUGAUGACAAAGACUCAAAACGAAAAUCAAGAAAUCUCAGUGAGAAAAAGCGACGUGAUCAAUUUAAUUUACUAGUAAGCGAAUUAAGCUCAAUGGUAUCUUCCGGUGGUAGGAAAAUGGACAAAUCUACAAUCCUGAAGUCCACUAUUUCAUUUUUGAAAAAUCACAAUGAGAUAGCAGUUCGAUCUCGAGUAAAUGAAAUCCAAGAAGAUUGGAAACCGAAUUUCCUAACGAAUGAGGAAUUCACCCAUUUAGUUUUAGAAGCAGUAGACGGUUUCAUCAUGGUAUUUUCACCAUCUGGUCAUAUUUAUUACGCCUCAGAGAGCAUUGCAUCACUUUUGGGACAUUUGCCAGACGAUGUGCUGAAUACAACUAUAUAUGAACUAGCGAGUGAAGACGAACGAACGAAUUUGUAUAAUAUAUUGUUGAGCCCUUCAGAAGAAGACAAGCAAAUGGUUUUUUCUUGCCACAUGAGAAGAGGAGGACCCGGCCCCAAACCUACCAUCACCUAUGAAUUAGUGCAUUUCGUAGGAUACUUCAGAUCUGACGAAGAUAUGAUUCAGAGCGACACUCGAUACAGUGGCUACUCAGAAGAAGCAGACACGAGAUUAGUAUUCGUCGGCACUGGCAGAAUACAAACCCCUCAACUCAUCAAAGAGAUGCCCCUGGUGGACUCGGUGAAAAGCGAGUUCAGUUCCAGACAUAGCCUGGAGUGGAAGUUCCUGUUCCUGGACCACAGAGCACCGCCCAUAAUCGGGUACUUGCCCUUCGAGCUGCUCGGUACUUCAGGGUACGACUACUACCACAUCGAGGACCUAAUGAAAGUCGUGGAUUGCCAUGAGGCCCUCAUGCAGAAGGGCGAAGGGACUUCUUGUUACUAUAGGUUUUUGACGAAGGGGCAGCAAUGGAUUUGGCUGCAGACUAGGUUUUUCAUCACAUAUCAUCAGUGGAAUUCCAAACCCGAGUUCAUUGUCUGCACACAUAGGGUUGUGAGUUAUACUGACGUUAUGAAACAGAGUCGAGAAGAAGAAUGCGCUGACAGCUUCGAAGUCCCCGAAGAACCGUCACCUUCUUUAGCUGCCGGCUCCUUGUUGACCUCCCUGACCUGGGACGGAGGGGGCUCCUACAGCGGGGGGAACAGCGAUGCAGGAGGUGUGGAGAUCAAAAGCAACGUCGGACAUUGCCCCAGCUCAGAUUGCACUUCCAUGUCGGCGGAUUCUCCUGAGUCCAGGCAGUCUGAGAUGACGCGUAAAUCGAUGAAAUCCAGGACUAGUCACACUUCGAAAUCAGCGAUGAGUCAACUCCAAAAUCAGCCGGCACAGCAUCAUUUACAAGCGCAGCAACCUUCUAUACAGAUGCAUUCGGCUCCAGCCUCAUUGCAGACUUCACAGUUCAUGGAACCUUCGCAGUACGUCGCUGCGAUUCCAGUACAACCUCUGGUUGCCAGUUUCCUUCCAUCUGAGAUGAUAUCACCCUCACCGGUUGACAAUGCUCUAUACCAACAGGUUGACAACUUAGCAUUAUCACCUUCCCAAACACAACUACAGGCAGAGUUACAGAGGAAGCAUGCAGAACUCCAAGCGAUGAUUGGCCAGCAGCAACAGGAACUUCGCCGAGUAUCGGAACAACUUCUGAUGGCUAGAUUGGGUCUACUUCAAGGAUCUCAGCCUCAGCCAGUAGUAGUUUCAUAUCAAGGAAACAACAGCAGUACUGUUACCAGUACCACAUCAUCCGUUCAAGGUGUCGCACAAUCUACAGGUUCAACUUCCAUGAUGGUACCCGUAUCUGUUGCAACGUCACACCAAAUUCAGCAUCAGCAGAAUGUGAUGUACAAUGUUCCAGAUUCGAAUACCCAGUCCAAUUGAACUUUCAUGGAUAAUUUGUCGUUUUGGUGUGUGACUGUGUGUAUAUUUUAGUGUUGAUGAAUGGAAGAUUAUUUAUUGAUGACUCGCAGUUUUUCACAUCUAAAAAAACUUUCGUACUUCCGUCUGAUAAUAGUUUUGAAUUGUUAUUAAUGACCAUAAUGACAGUUUGAGGUUGAAUGAUUUGUUAUAUUAUAUACUUGUACUUAUAUUUAUUUGCCACUGAUGUUGAAGCAUGAUCUGUUUUUGAUGUAAAUAAUAAUUGAAUAGAUUUAGUGAGAAC